AUGCAUUCAAAUCUUCUCCCAGGUUUGACCAGUGCCGCGACGCUACUUGGCCUUGCUCAAGGCCAGAGCCAGCCGUAUCAUGACUGGGCAAAAGCAUACGAGGCAGCAGAAGCACUUGUUUCACCCUGGACGACGGAACAGCAGGCUAAUAUUUCUGUGCGGUAUGGUACUGCUCCAGGCUUUGUGCCAUUUGAGCCUAGUGAUGGACCUACCGGUGUGUCUGGAGGGCAAGGUGUUUCUGGCUGGGUAGGAGGUCAGACGAUAGCCAGUUCCUGGAAUCGGACUCUGCUUGCGGACCACUAUGGACGUAUGGCCGUUGAGUUCCGAGAGAAAGGCUAUAACAUGCUCUUGGGACCCUCUACAGGGCCGCUUGGCAGAAGUCCAUUGGGAUCGAAGCUCUGGGAAGGAUUGGGCUCCGAUCCGUACCUUAACGGUAAAUUGUUUGGUGUCAGUGUGGCAGCUAUUCAGGAACAAAAUAUGAUCUCUUGCGGCAAGCACUACCUGGCAAAUGAACAAGAGACCAAUCGAACGUCCUACGGCAGCGAUGAUCCCGCUAUGCGGACAUCCAGCAACUUAGACGACAGGACCCUGCAUGAGCUGUAUCUCUGGCCUUGGAUUGAUGGCGUCGCUAAUGGAAUGGGAUCUGUCAUGUGCGUCAUGAACCGCGUCAAUGGGAUCAUUGGCUGUGAGAACGAUCACAUCAUGAAUGGCGUGCUUAAGAAUGAGACGGGGUUCAAAGGGUUCAUUGUCCCUGAUGUCACCGCGCCUCUGGACAAAACUGCAGGCCUUAAUGGCGGACUUGACUGGAACUCGGGUUACUCGCUCUCUCAGCUCAUGGCUGCCGUCAACAACGGAAGUAUCUCGGAAAGUGUCGUGAACGACCACGCGCUGAGGAUUGUCGCAACGCAAUUGAACCUCUUGCUACCUCCAGAGGAAUACGCAUCCACGGAUGAAACUACCGACCUCAACGUCCGAGACGCAGGGAGCAAAGACUUUAUCCGCCGAGCCGGGUCCGAAGCAAUCGUGCUACUCAAGAACAAGAACGGCACACUUCCCCUCAAGAGCCCCAAAUCACUCGGUAUCUUCGGCAAAGACGCAGCAAAUCUCGCUACAGGCCCAACUCCCCAAUCGGACUUCUCCAACUUUGCAGGCGACACCUAUGAUGGACAUCUUAUUACAGGAGGCGGCAGCUACUCGCCUGCUCCGUAUGUCGUGUCUCCGCUAGAUGCUCUGACUGCAAGAGCAGCCGAGGGCCAGGGAUUCGGCUACAAGUAUAUUCUGUCGGACAACUGGACGGUCACGCCCCCGGAGUCUACAGGCGAAGGGUUCUUUCAGACCUCUGGAGUUUCUGUGUCCGAGUAUGCAAGCGAGUCAGAGCACUGCCUUGUCUUUAUCAACGCCUUUGGCAAAGAAGGGUCAGACCGACGUACCCUGGCUGAUGAGACCGGCGACAAGCUGGUGAACGAUGUUGCGGAUUACUGCAGCAGCACAAUUGUGGUUAUGAACAAUGCCGGAGUUAGGCUCGUCGACGCUUGGAUUGAUCAUGAGAAUGUCACGGCUGUUCUGAAUGCCGGCGCUCUCGGCCAGGAAAGCGGCCACGCCAUCGCUGACGUCCUCUUCGGCGACGUUAACCCCUCGGCAAAACUUGUCUACACCAUCGCGAAAAGCGAAGACGACUAUAACGGUCAGAUCUGCGCGUGCUGUGAGUGCGAUUACACGGAGGGACUGUAUAUCGACUACCGCCAUUUCGAUCAGGCGGAGAUUGAGCCGCGCUUUGAGUUUGGUUUUGGACUGUCGUAUACGACCUUCUCCCACUCCAACCUGACAAUCACCCCCACCACAGACACAACAACCCUAGCUGCCUACGCCACGGGCAACGUUACAGAAGGCGGUCCCUCGGACCUUUUUGACCAGAUCCUUACCAUCACCGCGUCAGUAAGCAACACCGACGAUAUUGCUGGAGCAGAGAUAGCACAGCUUUACCUCUCCUUCCCCGACGCGGCAAAGGCACCCAUCCGGCAACUGCGGGGUUUUGAGAAGGUCUACCUUGAACCUGGUGUGACUAAGACCGUCACAUUCCCAAUCCAGAGAAGGGAUCUGAGUAUUUGGGAUGAGGAAGAGCAAGGAUGGAAGAUUGUUGGUGGUGACUAUGGGGUGCUUCUGGGCAAGAGUAGUCGGGAUUUCACUGCGGAGGGAUCGAUUGAGAUUUCGACGUUUAGGUAG